AUGGCGGGCCAAGGUGUAAAAGCUGCACAGAUUGUCUUCUCUCAGCAUCAAACAUGGAGUACUACUCAAGUAUUCUCUCCGCACCACUCUUGGAAACCCGCAAAAUUCACCGUCAUCGCACAGCAGAGCAGCAACAGAGGCAGCCGGAAAGUACUCCAUGCGACGCCUCCGGCGACGGUUCAACGCCGAUCAGGGAAUUACGGUCCAGACAUAUGGGAGUCCCAUGAAUAUUCCAAGCCCGAUGACAACACUUCCAGGAGGUGGGGACAUCGAGUGGAAGAGCUAAAGAAGUAUGUGAAACGUGAAUUGUUGAGCAAAAUUGGUUGCGGGGAAGAUGAUGAUGAAGAAGAAAUGGUGGCAGAAAGGAUUGAAAUCAUUGACACAUUGCAGCGGUUGGGAGUUGGUUAUCAUUUCGAGCGCGAGAUUCAGAGUGCUCUGGGUAGGAUUGCGGCGAACCCACCAAUUGCAAACAACCUCCACAUUUCUGCCCUCCGUUUCAGACUUCUCCGACAGGCCGGAAUCCGGGAGUCUCCAGAUGCAGUUUUCCAAGGAUUUAGAGAAGAGGAUGGCAAGUUCAAGCAAGAAAUCAGUGGUGAUGUGAGAGGGCUGUUGAGCUUGUACGAGGCUUCCUAUCUGGGUUUCCCAGGUGAAAUUGUUCUGGAUGAAGCCAAGAGCUUUGCCAGGACCCAUUUGCAGGAGAUUUAUCGCAAGGCUGAAACGGCCAUGGCAAAUCCCACCACCACCACCAUGCAGGAGGCCAAGCAACUGGCUCGAGCCUUGGAGCUGCCAUCACACUGGAGGAUGCGGCGGUGCGAGGCGAGGUGGCACAUCGAGCAGUACAGAGAAGACAGUACUGAAGGGAGGAUCAAGGUCGACCCAGCAUUGCUUGAAUUAGCAAUGUUGGAGUUCAACAUGGUCCAGCUUGUGUACCAAGCCGAACUGGAGGAGCUCCACAGGUGGUGGAAAAAAUUGGGCCUUCCGAAGAAAUUAGGAUUUGCAAGAGAUCGAUUGACUGAGAGUUUCCAGUGGGCAGUGGGUUUAAUCCAGGAGCCUGAGUUUAGUUACUGUCGAAAGACCAUGACCAAGCUCGCAUGUCUCAUCAACGUAGUGGAUGAUGUCUAUGAUGUUUACGGUUCCCUUGAUGAGCUCCAUCUCUUUACAGCCGCCAUUCAAAGGUGGGACGCAGGUGAACUGGACUUGCUCCCGGAGUACAUGCAAGUAUGCUUUAUGGCAAUCCACGAUACCACUAACGAACUAGCCCAUCACACGAUGGAACAACAAGGCUUCAACAGCUUGCCUUACAUCAAACAAGCGUGGCAGGAACAGUGUAGACUGUAUCUCGAAGAAGCCAAGACUUUCCACAACAAUGGUGGGUUGGACAUCCAAACAUUCGAGGAGUAUUUGGAACACGGAAGAAAGACAAUAGCAUCAAGGAUUGUGUUGAUUCACACUUACGCUGCAUCGGGUGAGACUCUCACCAAGGAAGCUUUUGACUACUUAACUAACGACCCAAGCCUAACUUGUUGGAUAGCCACCGUUGCUCGCCUUACCAAUGACCUAGCAACCUCUAAGGCGGAACUAGAAAGAGGGGAUAUUCUCAAGUCAGUAGAACGUUACAUGAAAGAGAAGGGUGUAUCCGAAGAAGAAGCACGCAAGUACAUCGAAUGGCGAAUUGGUGAAGCAUGGAAGAGAAUCAAUGAAGAGGCUAUGGCUAACUUUGGUGGUGAUGGCAUGGCAAUGUACGUCAAUCUGGCCUUGAAUCUUGUUCGCGGGCAUCAUUUCAUGUAUCACCAUGGCGACGCGAAUGGAUCCCCUACCCAAAAGCACAAAGAGCGUGCCAUGAGAUUGAUUUACCAACCAUUUCCAAUCCUAGCAAUUGAGGCUAGCUAG